CUCUCACGCAUUGCUGGCCGCAGGAGGUGAGGAAUACGAAACCAGUGAUAUAUCCUCAUGGCAUCGUCGCCGUUCACUCUUCGCUGGGGUGUUAUUGCCACAGGCUGGAUCUCACAGCAGUUCGUGAAGGAUGCGCUCUUAGACCCCGCGACCCGAGAUGUGCACGACGUCAGGCACGUUGUGGCAGCGGUUGGCUCCCGCAAUGUCGAGAGCGCAAAGAAGUUCAUUGAAGUGUACGCGAAGGAUGAUAGCAGUAUCAAGGCGUACGGAACGUACGAAGAAGUCUGUGCUGACCCUGACGUCGACGCCGUCUACAUAGGCACGCCGCAUACCUUCCACUACGAGAACGCUCGGAGUGCACUGCUGAAUGGCAAACACGUCCUUUGUGAGAAGGCGACGACGUCGAACGCAGCAGAAUUACGCGAUUUACUGAAACUCGCAAAGGAGAAGAACUUAUUCUUCAUGGAAGCGCUGUGGACCCGUUUCCAGCCUCUCACGCUGGAAAUUAAGCGAAUUGCGGAAGAUGGAAGCCUGGGACUGCCUGUCGUGCUCCAUGCGGAUCUGUCUAGUGACUUCGACAUCGAGAAUAUUCCAAAGACCCACAGAAUUCUGGAUCCAAGGCUCGGAGGAGGGGCUCUAUUGGACCUCGGGCCUUACCCAGUGGCUUGGGCAGUCAUUGCCCUCUAUGAACACCCGAAAAACAACAAGGCCCGCCCAACUAGUGUCACUGGGUCCAUUGUCAAGACUCCGCUGACCGGCGUUGACAGCAGCACGUCCAUCACGCUCACCUUCAGCGAGACACUGCAGGCGCAGGCCAUUUUGAGCUGCAACAUCCUCGUGCCCUCGCCCACACCCGCUGUGACAAUUCGCUACCAGGGCGGCAACAUCCUUAUCCACCCGCCCAUCUUCAAGCCGCCGUCAUUCACCGUGCAGUACUUUGACAAGCCCGGCAGCGGUAACAUCGUACGCGAGGUGACACAGAAGAGCAAUAUCCCUGGCGGCGGAUGGCAUUACCAGAUAGACGAGGCCGUGAGGUGUAUCAGGGACGGCAGGAUCGAAAGUGAGAUUUGGAGUCACGACAAGAGCCUCUUGCUUAUGGACAUCUUCGAUGCGGUCCGCAAACAAGGGGGAUACGAGCUGCCAGAAGGCGUCGAGAAAGUGCGGUAAAGAGAAGCUUUAUUGUAACAACCUGAUGCACAACACAUGAUAAGCGUUCGGCAUGAGACGCGUCGUAUAUGAAC